AUGUCAUUAAAAUUCACUAACUCCAAAAAAGCAGCAGCCCCAAUUGCUCCCUAUUCACACGCCGUUGAAGCAAAUGGUUUUCUCUACUUAUCAGGAUUUGGUGGGCUUGAUGUGGAAGGAAAGUUAGUAGGUAAUGGUGAUGUUAAAGUUGAAACCAAACAAGUUUUAGAGAACAUCAAGAAUGUGAUAGAAGAAGCUGGCUCUGAUUUCAAAAAUAUCGUCAAAGUAAACAUUUUUAUUACUGAUAUGAGCAAGUAUAAAGAGCUCAACGAAAUUUAUGCCCUAUAUUUCACUGACAACAAGCCAGCCCGUUCUUGUAUCGAGGUAAAAUCUAUCCCAAUUCCUAAUGGUACCGUUGAGAUAGAAGUUGUUGUUCUCGUUUAA